AUGUCGCGCCAGUCGGUGUCAACAUCGACGUCCGAAUCAACGAUGGAAAGCGACUUAUCGGAAGAGGAGAAAGUGAGCAUGGAAAAUUUUGCACUGCUCCGAGUACUUGGAAAGGGAGGUAGUGCACUUUUUAUUAUUAUUAUUAUUAUUGUUAUUAUUAUUGUUACUAUUAUUAUUAUUACUUUAAAUCCUUUCCACUUUGUUCGUGUCAUUUUUGCAAUUUAG